AUGUUCGUCAUCUUUCGAGCUGAAUACUCCAGUCAGAUCAUCAAUGCUGAGUACAGAGCUGCCCUCAUCAUCAGCACCAAGCCCCGCCCCUCACAGCCCCCAGUACAGAGCUGCCCCCAUCAUCAGCACCAAGCCCCGCCCCUCACAGCCCCCAGUACAGAGCUGCCCCCAUCAUCAGCACCAAGCCCCUCCCCUCACAGCCCCCAGUACACAGCUGCCCCCAUCAUGAGCACCAAGCCCCACCCUUCACAGCCUCUAAUACAGAGCUGCCCCCAUCAUCAGCACCAAGCCCCGCCCCUCACAGCCCCCAGUACAGAGCUGCCCCCAUCAUCAGCACCAAGCCCCGCCCCUCACAGCCCCCAGUACAGAGCUGCCCCCAUCAUCAGCACCAAGCCCCUCCCCUCACAGCCCCCAGUACACAGCUGCCCCCAUCAUGAGCACCAAGCCCCACCCUUCACAGCCUCUAAUACAGAGCUGCCCCCAUCAUCAGCACCAAGCCCCGCCCCUCACAGCCCCCAGUACAGAGCUGCCCCCAUCAUCAGCACCAAGCCCCGCCCCUCACAGCCCCCAAGCUGCCCCCAUCAUCAGCACCAAGCCCCGCCCCUCACAGCCCCCAGUACAGAGCUGCCCCCAUCAUCAGCACCAAGCCCCUCCCCUCACAGCCCCCAAUACAGAGCUGCCCCCAUCGUCAGCACAAAGCCCCGCCCCUCACAGCCCCCAGUACACAGCUGCCCCCAUCAUGAGCACCAAGCCCCACCCUUCACAGCCUCUAAUACAGAGCUGCCCCCAUCAUCAGCACCAAGCCCCUCCCCUCACAGCCCCCAGUACAGAGCUGCCCCCAUCAUCAGCACCAAGCCCCGCCCCUCACAGUCCCCGGUACAGAGCUGCCCCCAUCAUCAGCACCAAGCCCCGCCCCUCACAGCCCCCAGUACAGAGCUGCCCCCAUCAUCAGCACCAAGCCCCUCCCCUCACAGUCCCCGGUACAGAGCUGCCCCCAUCAUCAGCACCAAGCCCCGCCCCUCACAGUCCCCGGUACAGAGCUGCCCCCAUCAUCAGCUCCAAGCCCCUCCCCUCACAGCCCCCAGUACAGAGCUGCCCCCAUCGUCAGCACAAAGCCCCUCCCCUCACAGCCCCCAGUACACAGCUGCCCCCAUCAUGAGCACCAAGCCCCGCCCCUCACAGCCCCCAGUACAGAGCUGCCCCCAUCGUCAGCACAAAGCCCCACCCUUCACAGCCUCUAAUACAGAGCUGCCCCCAUCAUCAGCACCAAGCCCCGCCCCUCACAGCCCCCAGUACAGAGCUGCCCCCAUCAUCAGCACCAAGCCCCUCCCCUCACAGCCCCCAGUACACAGCUGCCCCCAUCAUGAGCACCAAGCCCCACCCUUCACAGCCUCUAAUACAGAGCUGCCCCCAUCAUCAGCACCAAGCCCCGCCCCUCACAGCCCCCAGUACAGAGCUGCCCCCAUCAUCAGCACCAAGCCCCGCCCCUCACAGCCCCCAAGCUGCCCCCAUCAUCAGCACCAAGCCCCGCCCCUCACAGCCCCCAGUACAGAGCUGCCCCCAUCAUCAGCACCAAGCCCCUCCCCUCACAGCCCCCAAUACAGAGCUGCCCCCAUCGUCAGCACAAAGCCCCGCCCCUCACAGCCCCCAGUACACAGCUGCCCCCAUCAUGAGCACCAAGCCCCACCCUUCACAGCCUCUAAUACAGAGCUGCCCCCAUCAUCAGCACCAAGCCCCUCCCCUCACAGCCCCCAGUACAGAGCUGCCCCCAUCAUCAGCACCAAGCCCCGCCCCUCACAGUCCCCGGUACAGAGCUGCCCCCAUCAUCAGCACCAAGCCCCGCCCCUCACAGCCCCCAGUACAGAGCUGCCCCCAUCAUCAGCACCAAGCCCCUCCCCUCACAGUCCCCGGUACAGAGCUGCCCCCAUCAUCAGCACCAAGCCCCGCCCCUCACAGUCCCCGGUACAGAGCUGCCCCCAUCAUCAGCUCCAAGCCCCUCCCCUCACAGCCCCCAGUACAGAGCUGCCCCCAUCAGCUGCCCCCAUCAUCAGCACCAAGCCCCUCCCCUCACAGCCCCCAGUACACAGCUGCCCCCAUCAUGAGCACCAAGCCCCACCCUUCACAGCCUCUAAUACAGAGCUGCCCCCAUCAUCAGCACCAAGCCCCUCCCCUCACAGUCCCCGGUACAGAGCUGCCCCCAUCAUCAGCACCAAGCCCCUCCCCUCACAGUCCCCGGUACAGAGCUGCCCCCAUCAUCAGCACCAAGCCCCGCCCCUCACAGUCCCCGGUACAGAGCUGCCCCCAUCAUCAGCUCCAAGCCCCUCCCCUCACAGCCCCCAGUACAGAGCUGCCCCCAUCGUCAGCACAAAGCCCCUCCCCUCACAGCCCCCAGUACACAGCUGCCCCCAUCAUGAGCACCAAGCCCCACCCUUCACAGCCUCUAAUACAGAGCUGCCCCCAUCGUCAGCACAAAGCCCCUCCCCUCACAGUCCCCGGUACAGAGCUGCCCCCAUCAUCAGCACCAAGCCCCUCCCCUCACAGUCCCCGGUACAGAGCUGCCCCCAUCAUCAGCUCCAAGCCCCUCCCCUCACAGUCCCCAGUACAGAGCUGCCCCCAUCGUCAGCACCAAGCCCCUCCCCUCACAGCCCCCGGUACAGAGCUGCCCCCAUCAUCAGCACCAAGCCCCUCCCCUCACAGUCCCCGGUACAGAGCUGCCCCCAUCAUCAGCUCCAAGCCCCUCCCCUCACAGUCCCCAGUACAGAGCUGCCCCCAUCGUCAGCACCAAGCCCCGCCCCUCACAGCCCCCAGUACAGAGCUGCCCCCAUCAUCAGCACCAAGCCCCUCCCCUCACAGCCCCCAGUACACAGCUGCCCCCAUCAUGAGCACCAAGCCCCACCCUUCACAGCCUCUAAUACAGAGCUGCCCCCAUCAUCAGCACCAAGCCCCUCCCCUCACAGCCCCCAGUACAGUGCUGCCCCCAUCAUCAGCACCAAGCCCCUCCCCUCACAGUCCCCAGUACAGAGCUGCCCCCAUCAUCAGCACCAAGCCCCUCCCCUCACAGCCCCCAGUACAGUGCUGCCCCCAUCAUCAGCACCAAGCCCCUCCCCUCACAGCCCCCAGUACAGUGCUGCCCCCAUCAUCAGCACCAAGCCCCUCCCCUCACAGCCCCCAGUACAGUGCUGCCCCCAUCAUCAGCACCAAGCCCCGCCCCUCACAGCCCCCAGUACAGAGCUGCCCCCAAUGUCAGCACAAAGCCCCGCCCCUCACAGCCCCCAAUACAGAGCUGCCCCCAUCGUCAGCACAAAGCCCCGCCCCUCACAGCCCCCAGUAGUGCUGCCCCCAUCAUCAACUCCAAGCCCCGCCCCUCACAGCCCCCAGUACAGAGCUGCCCCCAAUGUCAGCACAAAGCCCCGCCGCUCACAGCCCCCAGUACAGAGCUGCCCCCAUCGUCAGCACAAAGCCCCGCCCCUCACAGCCCCCAGUACAGAGCUGCCCCCAUCGUCAGCACAAAGCCCCGCCCCUCACAGCCCCCAGUACAGUGCUGCCCCCAUCAUCAGCACCAAGCCCCGCCCCUCACAGCCCCCAGUACAGAGCUGCCCCCAAUGUCAGCACAAAGCCCCGCCGCUCACAGCCCCCAGUACAGAGCUGCCCCCAUCGUCAGCACAAAGCCCCGCCCCUCACAGCCCCCCAGUACAGAGCUGCCCCCAUCGUCAGCACAAAGCCCCGCCCCUCACAGCCCCCAGUAGUGCUGCCCCCAUCAUCAACUCCAAGCCCCGCCCCUCACAGCCCCCAGUACAGAGCUGCCCCCCAUCAUCAGCUCCAAGCCCCGCCCCUCACAGCCCCCACUACAGUGCUGCCCCCCAUCAUCAGCUCCAAGCCCCGCCCCUCACAGCCCCCAUUACAGAGCUGCCCCCAUCAUCAGCUCCAAGCCCCACCCCUCACAGCACCCCUCCCAUUCCAAAUAUCCUCACAUGUUUAGUGCUCACAUACACAGGAAGUUGGUAA